UUUGUGAAGGUGUGGAAUCGCCGUGUACAACUUCGAAAGCCCAUACUUCAGCGGGAUGAAGUGAUUUCACCUAAGGUGUACUAUGCCCCAGAAUGGGAACUGGACAAGAAGCCGAACAAGGACGCUGGCUAUCCUGACCCAUUGAAAGGGUAUGGCAUGACACCUGAGAAAUGGGAAUAUUACAACAAGGUUGUUUGGCCUCCCAUUAUGUUGUACCGGAGACAGGAUUGCCAAAAGCCAGAGAAGUAUUCCAUUGCAGAGAAUCGGUUAGUUUUUUUUUCCUUUUUUGCUGAUUUUUAG